AUGUAUUCUAAUUACGGCAUAAUACAUCAAAGAAGUUUGAGUAUUUUGAAAAGUUUAAGAAUAACUAGGGAAUUUGUGCGGGGUUAUCAGAGUGAUAAUGUAUUUGGAUAUAGGAAAAUACCUAGGAGUGAGUUUAGACUUUCUGACGAGAUAUUGCAAAAUAGGUCUAACGCAAGUAAUUUGUAUCGUUUAGUGACAGCUUAUAGAACGCAUGGACAUAAAUAUGCCAAUACGAAUCCAAUAUCGAUAUUGGAAAGCUCCGAGAAUCCAAUUGAGCUAGACAUUACGAGAUACGGGUUUAAAGAGACAAAUACAAUAAUUAAUUUAAAUGAAGGUAUUAUAAACCAUCCCAGUGAUGAAGUGUCACUAAGCGAAUUAGUGGAAUAUUUGAACAAAAUCUAUUGUAAUCAUAUAAGUGGAGAAUUUAAAUACUUAGAGGCUGAAGAAGAAAGGGAAUGGUUUGCAUCAGAAUUUGAAAAAGUCUCAAAUAUAGAGCUACCAAAUGACACGAAGAAAUCACUAGCUAAAGAGCUUAUAAGAUCUCAAGCCUUUGACAAUUUCCUAGCAAAAAGAUUCUCCAGCGUGAAACGAUAUGGUGGCGAAGGUGCUGAAAGCAUGAUGGGAUUUUUCAAUGAGGUUUUCAAAAUGGCUACAAAUGACCCAUUAGAACAAUUAAUCCUUGGAUUACCCCACAGAGGCCGCCUCAACUUAUUAACGGGUCUUUUAAAUUACCCCCCAGCUCAAAUAUUUCACAAACUAAAAGGAAAUCCAGAUUUUCCUGAAACUUAUCAGUGCUUUGGAGACGUACUUAGUCAUAUAAUAUCUUCCACAGACGUAACAUAUAAUGAUAAAUCCAUACAUGUAUCAGUAUUAUAUAAUCCGUCUCAUUUGGAAAUUGCCAAUCCAGUUUCUAUGGGAAAAACUAGAGCUAAACAAAUCGCAUUAAAAGAUGGUGGUUACGGGGAUAAGAGGUGGAGCGAGAAAGUUUUGAACAUACAGGUUCAUGGUGACGCAGCUUUCAUAGGACAAGGCGUCAAUCAAGAAACCUUAGAAUUAAGCGCGGUACCACAUUUCGAAGUCGGUGGUUCCAUUCACUUGGUAGUCAAUAACCAAAUAGGUUUUACUACUCCUGGUGAGCGUGGAAGAUCUUCUAGAUAUUGUACUGAUUUGGCUAAAAUAAUUGCUGCCCCAGUUAUUCAUGUUAAUGGAGAUCAUCCAGAGGAAGUUUUAAAAGCAGCAAGAUUGGCUUUCAACUAUCAAAGAAAGUUUCGAAAAGAUGUGUUUGUUGACAUGAAUUGUUUUAGAAGAUGGGGACAUAAUGAGAUGGAUGAUCCUACUUUUACAAAUCCUGCUUUGUAUGGGUUGAUUAAUUCAAAAAUGUCAGUGCCGGAUGCUUAUGCUAAAAAACUUAUCAGUCAAGGUAUUUUAAGUGAACAAGAGUGUUCUGAGAUAUAUAACGAACAUUUCGAUUGGCUAAAUGAAGAGUUGAACAAAUCUGAAGAUUGGAAUCCAAAAGAUGUCUAUUUUAAAUCCCAAUGGCAAGGCAUUUCUCAACCAGCAGCGGCAGUUACCGUUUGGGACACUGGAAUUGACGUGGAUUUGAUGACUUUCCUUGGUGAAAAAUCAGUGAAAUAUCCAGAAAACUUUAAAAUUCAUCCCACAAUAUUGAGGGGGCAUGUUAAAAAUCGCCUGUCAAAAGUAGCCGAGGGGCUUAAUAUCGAUUGGUCUACUGCGGAGGCCUUAGCGAUUGGAAGUCUCCUAUUUGAAGGUAACAAUGUCAGAAUCAGUGGUCAAGACAUAGGAAGAGGCACAUUCUCUCAGCGUCACGCAAUGUUUGUGGACCAAGAAACAAAUAGUAUUCAUAUACCUCUAAACAACAUCCAUGCAAAACAAGAAGCGUUUUUAGAACUGGCAAAUAGUACGUUAUCAGAAGAAGCAGUUUUGGCUUUCGAAUAUGGAAUGAGCAUAGAAAAUCCAAAUAAUCUCAUUAUUUGGGAAGCUCAGUUUGGGGAUUUUUUUAACGGAGCUCAGAUUGUUUUUGAUACUUAUAUUACUAGCGGUGAAGCCAAAUGGAUAUACCAAAGUGGCCUCACAGUCCUUUUACCACACGGAUACGACGGUGCAGGUCCAGAACACAGUUCUUCUAGAUUAGAGCGGUUUCUGCAGUUAACAGACUCCAAAGAGGAUCAAGUUGAUGGUGACAAUAUAAAUUUCCAGGUGUGCCAACCAAGCACACCUGCUCAGUAUUUUCAUUUGUUAAGGCGACAGAUGAUUAGAAACUAUCGUAAACCUCUUAUUAUAAUUACACCGAAAACCUUGCUAAGGGCAUCCAAAUGUGUUUCAAAAUUUGGUGAUAUGACUAAAGGGACCUAUUUUAAGCCAGUAAUAGGAGAUACCUCAAUAGAACCAUCUAGAGUAAAAAGAGUCCUUCUAACAUCAGGAAAACAUUUUUACACUUUAGCUGAAGAAAGACAAACUAUAGGAGUAGAUGAUACAGUAAUAAUUCGCGUAGAAUCUUUUUGUCCGUUCCCAACAGCCGAAUUAAUGCAAGAAGUUGCUCAAUACAAAAAUGCCAAAACAUUUAUUUGGUGCCAAGAAGAACCUCAAAAUAUGGGCGCUUGGACGUUUUUUAAGAGACGAUUUGAAAGUCUUAUUGGUCAUAAGAUACAAUUUUGCGGUCGUCCAACUCUGCCUAUUCCAGCUGUCGGAAUUGGUAAGCUCCACAAGCAACAAGAAUCUGAAAUACUCACGAAGCCAUUUUUAAUGUAG